AUGAUAGUGCUCCAAACAUGGCCGAGGACCAAAACAGUGUUCUGUGUUACCAGUGUUUUGAUGGUAACAUUGUUGGAGGUGGCCAGUUUGAGCGGACCCAAUGUCUGCAUGGUGCAUCAGAAGUACAACGUAACGAAACGUGUAAAAUACCGAGCCCCCAUGUCAGUGAGGACGUACGAGUGGUGCUUGUCUAUGCCACCGAGGUGCUCGCGAUGGAAAACAGAAAUGAGAGACCUGACAAGGCUAGAAACUCAGGAACGAACUGCCGAAGUAGCUGUCUGCUGCCCUGGGUACAAAAUGAAAGACGUCACAUGCGUACCCAUUUGUCCUAACGGAAAAACUGGAAGCAAAUGCUCAGAAGAAUGUCCACCUAACAAAUGGGGUCCCAAUUGCGUUAAUGAAUGCAAAAAAUGUUUAAAGGGAAUUUGUUCACCCGUAACUGGUGAAUGCGAAUGCCUGGAAGGAUGGCAAGGUGAGAGUUGUAAUAUCCGCAUGACUACACCACCUCCACCAGCAUUAAUGGAAGAAUUACUAACAACUACAAAAUCUACUGUCCAAACUAUACCUGCCUCUACUAAAAACACCGUUACAACUACGACUGUAGAACCUACAAUGCCUGUUUCGAGUACUUUGUAUAAUCCAAUAUCUACCGAACUUUCUGCUACUUUUAAUACAGAAUCUACUUCAAAGAUGAUAAUAAUGCCAAAAUCAUCAAUAACGGCAAAACCUUAUGCCUAUAGGAACGCGUCUAUAGCAAUUGAAAAAACUACAACUCGCUCAAAUGUAUCCCAAGUAACUACAACAAAAACGCUUAUUAACUUUAUUUACAAUAGAACCGAAACACCGACAGAAGGUACGUCGCAUAACUUUACUUCUGCGCAUGAUACUGCAACUUCUGAAAAAACAUUGAACACUAAAAGCAUUUUCAAUCCUUUCGCAACAACGCUAGUAUCUCCCAUAAUCACUUCUACGUCUAAUUCAUCUUCAAACAUGUUAACAACUGAAAUUCCGAAAAAGUUUGAUACACAUAUCAAAUUCAAUUCAAGUGCAACAAAAUUCAAACCAAAGGAAAUAUGGAUUAAACCCACUCAAAAAGGAAUAUCGCCUGAAAUUAAAUUAAAAAUCAAUCAAGAUCUUCUCCACGUAAGGAAUGGAACCAAAAAGGAUACAACAGAAAUAACGACACCGAGAACUAUAGUGGUGUCAAUAAUACCAACCUCAGUUUCACAUGCCUCUUUCAAAAAGAUUGCUUUGACAACAGCUUCGUAUUUUGCGAAAACUAAAAAUGUAUCGAGAGCUCAGAACCAAAGUGUAGAAAAUGGUUAUACAAAAUCGAUGACAACAGCCACAUCGACGCAAGCACCGUUUACGAUAAAAAUAUUGACGACCAAACAAAGAAAUGUUUCUAAUGCUUUUUUUUCUAAAAAGGUUACUCAUGCUAAUGUGGUAAAGACAACUUCAAAAAAGGAGCUACUAAAAGCGAUUUCCCCUGUCGCUGUGACUACCACGACUUCCACUAUAAGUCCAGCAGCCAUCAACGCAACAAUUCCCAAAAGUAAAACGACUAACAGCAUGACAAGCGCUUCAAGCACAAUUGGCAAGCCUUCUAAUACGUUUAAUACUUCUAACGCCAUAACUUCACGAACUUUCACUAACAAGAUUUUUCAAAUUACAACUGAAUCUUCAAAUACUUUUAAAAAUGAAAGAAAAUUGUUAAAAGAUGAGACAUUUAGAUCUCAAGAGACUCUUAAAACGACUACUGCAAAGCAAAUAACAAAUGAUAUUAAACAUGUCACAAGUGUUCCUCUUAAAAAGCAAACAAAGAAAACUAAUCAGAAUCAUACUACUAAAAUAAUUGCUAAUAUUAUAAGUACUGAAAGACCACCUGAAGACGAAACGUUUCAUAUUUUAACAGAACCGGAGCAUAUCACCGCUGUAAUGUCUGACAAGGAAAAAGAGAAUAAAUCACUCGAUCUUAUAUCCGUUGUAAGUGUUGCUGGUGGUAUAAUGAUGGCAGUUAUUACGGUUGCAGUAAUAAUAGUUAUGUUUGAAAGGUGUAGGAGGCCUAGAUAUGACGAUGUGAGAAAAAUCAAUGAUAUAAGGAUGCAAGUUAUGUUAGACAACGAUGAUGUUCCUCCGCCUUAUGUGAGGAGUAUUUUUCAUACGCCAUUACCAGAUCCGCCAAUUUCUGCCAAAUGCCACUACCAGCCAAUAUCCACAUUGGAUAGGAAUUUAAAACAAUUUAUGAGACCAGUUGUAGUACAAAAUAUUUCACCAAUCAUGCUUGAGAAUUUUCGAGGCAUACUUGAAUGUCAUUAUGACCAUUUACCGCGAAGAAGUCACGACAUAUCUGCCCGUUCCUCUACAGCGCCAUCUAUAAAUUAUGACGAGAACAGUCACAGAACACUGGCGGAUUAUACGAUUGACGCAUUAAAAUGUGAAGCGAAGUUGGACGUAAUAAAUAACGCCAAUUCAGAACCCCUGUACGCUGAAAUACCGUGCUGGAGGCCACCAUCAGAACACGCUAUUGAAAUCAUGAAUCUGAACGGAGAAGCGGUGACUGAAUUAUGA